AUGGCCACCGAAUAUAAACCCCCAGCACUUCCCGCCCCAUUCUCCAAUACCAACCCUCCACCAAUUCUCCUUACUCAAGGCGCCGAAGCUCACCUCUACAAAACCGUCUCCAACAACCCCGCCAUCCCAGCUGCCUUAAAGAUCCGCCCCUCAAAACCAUACCGACACCCAAUUCUCGACCGAAAACUGACGCGACAACGCAUUAUUCAAGAAGCGAGAUGUCUUGUGAAACUCGUCCGUGAAGGCGUCAACGUUCCUGCGGUAUUAGCGUUAGACUGGGAAGGACAAGGUGGUGAUGAAGGCGGCUGGGGAGGCGCGUGGUUAAUGAUGGAGUGGAUUGAAGGGCCCGUUGUACGAGUUGUACUUGAGAAGUGGGAAACAUGGUUCAAGGCGAAUCGGGGUACAAUGGAUGAGGCGCAGAUUGCGGCCGCAGAAGCGCCGGUGCGGGCAUUACUGCGACGGAUUGGAGCGGCGAUUGCGGCGCUGCAUAAAGCUGGUGUGGUUCAUGGAGAUCUGACGACGAGUAAUCUGAUGCUGCGAACAAGCGAGUCGGAACAGGAAGAUACUGCUAUAGAGGGGGAGGUGGUGAUUAUUGAUUUUGGUUUAGCGUCGCAGAGUGUACAGGAUGAGGAUCGAGCGGUGGAUCUUUAUGUGUUGGAGCGGGCGAUGGGAAGUACGCAUCCCUUGUCAGAGCCUUUCUUUGAGGAAUUAUUGGUUGGGUAUAGACAGGGCAAUAAGGGCGCUACUUCUACCAUUCGCAGACUUGAGGAUGUGCGGUUGCGGGGUCGCAAGCGCAGUAUGCUUGGAUAA